AUGACAUCACAGGCAAGAAUCGAAGGGAGACUGGCACCCACAGCAGUUUAUCUGGCCAGGCUCCUUGUCGAAAUCUGCAUCCAAGAAUUGUAUGGUGUAUCUCUGCUGGUGGCACUUAUGUAUUUGUCCGACUGUGCGCAAACUUUCUCUUCUGCUGUACUUUCGUAUUGCAGGAAAUUCACGAGUUCUGUCAUUUUGUUGCCCACAGCCCGUAUUCUUGACAGGUCUGAAAUAGGCCGACAGCAACAGGCUCACACUAGCGGCAUUGAACUGCAAGCCUGCAAGUGCUUGGGUGCCUGCAAACCAAAUGCUCGAGUCACACGGCAGUGUGUCAUGCAUUGCCAGUGCAGUGAGAGCCACUGUGCCCAACAACACCUUGCAGACUCAAAGGCUUUGAGUUUUGUCGCUCAGAGACAGAAAUUAAUAAAGCAUGCACACUGCGGGGCACAGGGGAUUGAAAACAAGCAGCUGGCAAUUGGAGUGCUGUGA